AUGCCGUUAACCGAAACGAUUGCCUGUUUUGGAAUGCUCACUGUUAGUAACAUCACCUCAGCGAGCCCUGGCCCCCGUGUCCGUGUCCGUGUCUCCCCCGCUGCUGGCCUGCAGCUCCCCCUGCCCAAGCAGUCGCAGCAGGGCACAUCAGACCAGGGACAGAGCCAGCAGCAGGGGAAGAAGCCUGUAGUUAAAUUGGAGACCACACCCACCCAGGAGACAGCAGAGUCAAAUUCCACCCCAAAGCCUGGGAGUGCAGGCAAAUCAACAAAGCAGGCAGCUGAGGGGGAACCAAGAUCCAGACCCGGAGACCUGAUUGAGAUUUUUCGAAUUGGCUACGAGCACUGGGCCAUCUAUGUGGAAGAUGAUUGUGUGGUUCAUCUGGCUCCCCUGAGUGAGCAGCUUGAGGUGGGCAGCAACACCUCCGUCUUGAGCAGCCGAGCCAUCGUGAGGUACAGCCGACUGGAGGAUGUGCUCUGCUCCCGUAAGAUUAACAACAAGCUGGACGGGACCCACCUGCUGCCCGUGGACAAGAUCAUGCAGCGCACAAAAAAGAUGGUCAACAGGAUAGUGCCAUACAGCCUGAUUGAAGGGAAUUGCGGGCGCUUCGCCAACCACCUCAGAUAUGGCGAGCCCGGGAGCCAGCAGGUCGAGCACGCCCUGACGGAGGGUGCGGCGGAGGCCACGGGAGCAGUCGUCUCAGCUGUGGUGGACCGCAUGCGGCCCGAGCCAGCCACUCCUGAAGGUGCUGAGAACUCCAAGCAGAGGAAGAGCCACUGACACUGGCAAAGGAACAAGCUACCUUCCCUCCCCUUGCCUUCCUCUCUCAAGGGCCCCAUAUAAGAAAAUUGUGAGCUUCUGGAAGAAUCUAGAGUGUAUUCAAUUACCCCUCUAGAAAUACAUCCAAUGUAUGUGAUCGUGGACCCAUAGGCUCUCAGGGUGGGAAGAACCUAAUAUUUGUUAUGCAUCUAUUAGGUGUCAGGUCCUGUGCUCCGCAUGUCGUAUGCUUACUUCAUGUUACCCUUUGUGGGAGGGGCCCCUGCUCGUGUCUUAGGCUGAUCCUGGUCUGUGAUGCUUGAAUACGGUCUAAAACACCCUGGAAACCUCUGCUUAAACGUUCCCAGGGAUGAAGGGCUCUUUUCAGAAGUUCUUCUUAUUGAAUUGAAACGUCUCUAGCUUUUCUGCAUUCACCCUAGCCCUGCCUUUCUUUUUUAUUUUUUUACUUUUUUACUUUUUAAUUUUUUAAUUUUAGUAUUAAUCUACAAUUACAUGAGUGAUGUUAUGGUUACUAGAUUCCCCCAUUAUCAAGUCCCCACCACAUACCCCAUUACAGUCACUGUCCAUCAGUGUAGUAAGAUGCUAUAGAGUCACUACUUGUCUUCUCUG